CGUGGACGUGUUGUGCGUUUCGAAAUUUCGAAGUUGUUACGAAAAUAGUAACGUCUGACGGUUGUCUCAUAUCUCGGUACUUGACGUGUUGUAUUUCAGUGACAGUGACAUGCACGUUAUGGUGAGUGCAAUAAAAGUGCACACUGAGCUUUUAAGUUUCGGCGUUUUUGUUUCUUAGAACUUUGGUGCAUUUUAUGGAUUUGGGAUUAGAUGCUGUUAGAAGCCUGUGUAUGUGAGUGUGAAAUGAAGUGAAGUGAGAAAUUAACAAAGAGUGUUCAACAAAUAUGUCUUCAAGAUGAAGUUGUGGAAGAGUCUGAAGAUAUCGAUUGGAAGUCGAACGGAUCCGAAGAAUUUCUCGCAAGAGCUGCCGCAAUGGGGCGGGCAGGGAUAUGAGUUGGAUGUGUUUAAAUCCCAGACAUCUCUAUCAACAGACUCUGGUCUUUGCACGGAGAGAGGCCUCCGGAGGACACACAUAGAGCUGUUAAAACCUCCUGGGAAACGCAUCGGACUUAAACUGGCAGGUCGCUCGGAGCCCGGUAUAGUACCGUCUAUUGUGGGGUUCACGAAGGACUCAGUGGCGCACGAGUCAGACAAACUGGCUCCCGGAGACAGAAUUUGCAGUGUCAAUGGAAUCUCAACAGCAAGACUCACAAAUGAAGAAGUUCUGCGAUUGCUGGAUAAUGUUGAAGAAAGAGCGUCUUUGGAAGUGGAAUAUUAUAUGCCUAAUUAUGCGUCACAAAACUCCCUAUACAUCACUACCAAGCUAGCAGAGGUACCGGUUGAGAAGAUCAGUGGUUCUCUCGGCAUUACUAUCAGGGGUGGUCUUCCAGAGAACUCCGCACCCAGUGCGGACCUGGUUCUUAAUAGCCGGUCUUUAGACGCGCAACCUCUUGUAGUGACACACGUCAGACCUGGUGGUGCAGCGUACAAUACCUCGAGAAUCAAACCUGGUGACAGACUUUUGAAGGUGGAUCAUAUAUCCCUCACAAACAAAACACUGUCGGAGGUUCACAACAUACUGCAAAAUUGUCCCCAAGUGACGAGUUUGACUAUAGAAUAUGACGUCUCUAUCAUGGAGUCGGUGAAGCUGGCAACAGGGCCGUUGCUGAUAGAGAUAGAAAGGCCGUGCAAUGAAGACCUAGGGUUGUUCCUGACGAACCAGAGGUACACAGAUGAGGUCUACAGUUCCGGAUCCGACACGUAUCAAAAAGUGGGGAGCAAUAAUGCAAUUUUUAUAGACAGCAUUUUACCUGCGAGUAUAUCUGACAGAUGUGGCGCCUUGCAUCCUGGUGACCAGCUGUUGGCGUUUGACGAUCACGUGAUCGAAGGCAACAACUAUACGGCUGAAGAAGUGAUGUGUUAUUUGGAGAACAGCGAGCCAGGAUUUACCAGACUCCAUGUAGCUCCAAGGCAUGUUAUUGCUCAGUGUGGAAGGUAUACUCGAGAAAACUCCAUAUCGGGCACAUCGACAUUGAAUACAAAGAAACAUCGGCAAAGGAACUACAGGCAGAGCUCGAUGCCAAAACUAGGAUUACAGGAUGAAUACGACAGUCAACAAAACUACGCGAGCAUGGGCGUCUGCAGGACCGAGUCGCUGAACAUUCAACUAGAGGUGCCACCUGGUCAGAGUUCUGGGUUAGCAGUACACGAGGAGAAUGGAGCCCUGGUCAUUUCACAUGUAGCUGCGCAAUCGCCGGCAUUCAGAUCUGGCUGUCUACAAAUCAGAGACAGAGUAAUGUCUAUUAAUGGUCAUGAAAACCUGACAAUGGACGUUGCCAACGAGAUACUCCAGCGAAGGAAUGACUCACAUAACCAGAAGUACCUAACCCUUAAUAUUGAGUUUAGUAUGCCAAAUACCAUAGAAGCAUCUAGUGGCGUUUUCAAUGUGAAACUUGCAAAAACUUCGGCGGGUCUUGGAGUGACUAUUACAGGAUGCAAACAAAAACUGUUGAGUAAUGAAGAGCCAAUGGUGAUAUCGGACAUCAAACCAGGGUCAGUGGCACAUCGAAGCGGAGCAUUGGCUCCAGGCGACCAACUCCUUGCCAUCAACGGGCAGCCUUUACACAACUUGUCUUUGGACACUGCUUUCAACAUACUUCAGAACUCGCCGGACGAUAUAAUAACUUUGAAAAUUAGAAAACGUGACUUAACUGAAGACUGGUCUAACAUUCAUAGACAAAAUGCAAAGUUGUCUUUGCAGAGUUUUAGUAAUAUAGAAAUUAAGGCUGUAGUACAUAGUGGGGAAGAUUCUGGACAUCAUACGGACAGUCCAAAUAAUAGUGCCAAAGAAAGUGAACGUAGUCACGGCAGUAAUGAGAAUGGCAGCACUGCAUUGUUUACUGUGGAGUUAAUAAGGCAUGAUAAUGGUCCUUUGGGGCUGACGAUAGCUGGUAGUGAAGAUGUGAAUCAGCCUGUAUUACUGAGUGGGUUAGUUGAAGGUGGUUUAGCUGAAAAAUGUGGCAAAUUGCAAAUAGGGGAUGAGCUGCUGAGUAUUAAUGGUGAAAGCGUCCUCAACAAACCACUAUCUGAAGCCAUUAAACUUCUGCAACAGAGUGGACAGAGAGUGCAGUUGCAACUUUGCAGAAAAGUUACCGGGUCGAUUGAAAGUGCAGAAUGUAGUGCAAGAGAUUCCAGCCAUUCAACAUCAAGCCCUGGUCUUUCAAACGACAGUGCUGUCGAGUCUUGGGAUCAGAACACACCUGUCCGAACUAGCGCCAACUGUGUUUAUGUUAUAGGUAAUUCGGAAGUAAUAGAAUACGCCGUUCCGGACAAAACUCGUAUGGCAGACAAAACACCCUAUUCACCUACGGACGAAGAUAAACUUAUGGCGUGUAACUACAAUACUGCUGCUCCAUACAGCGUCAAUGAUUUACCUCUGCCGAACUAUUCCCUAAACAAUUCAUUGAAAACUUUCCAUUACGAGAACACUUGUAUUAUACCCGAGAAUACGUUGAAGAAUAAACAAAAUAUAACAAGAGAGGAUGAUGUGCAACAAAUUGAAAUACUAACGACUAACAUGAAAAAUUGCCAAUUGCAUAAUAUGGAAAGGUCUUCUUGUAAAUGCGACUAUGUUCAGAUGGGCCCGUAUGGAAUUGUGUCUCCAAAGAGUAGAAGACCAGGUUGGGACACUGAUUUCAUGAACAAUGGAAUUUAUACAGUGACAACUCCCCAAAAGUCCCCGUUAAAACCAAGUAUACCAGGAACAAGUUUUCAAUUUUCAACCAGUCCAAUUUACGAGAAUGAUGGUCUUUACAACAGUGACACAGUUUCACCAGCUCGAGGGUCUAUCCAUCACGUGAUUCUUUACAAGGACGCCAUUUAUGAUGAUUAUGGGUUUUCGGUCUCCGAUGGUUUAUAUGAACGAGGUGUCUACAUUAAUAGGAUCAGAAAAGGAGGCCCAGCCGAUAUAGUCGGGCUGUUGAGGCCUUUUGAUAGAAUUUUACAGGUGAAUGGAACAAGGACAGUAGAUUAUGACUGCUGUCUGACUGUUCCUCUGAUCGCUGCCGCUGGUGACCGACUCGAGAUCGUGGUGCAAAGAAUGGCCACGUCUAGGGACCUCAAAAACCAGCGUGCUGAAGACAGUUCAAGCCCAAGUGACAGUAGUGUUGUGACUAAGACCAUUUAGUGUAUAACCCGCCUUUAGUGGAAGCACGCUAAAGACUCAAAAGUGUAGUUUUAAGAUGAUAUUUAAUUUAGUCGAUUAGUACUUAAAAUGUAUAGUUAAGGUAAGGUAAGUAGUAAUGUAUAUAUUUAUAGUUUUAAAAAGGGGAAAUUAAUUAACAAUUUAUAUAAAUAAUUACAAGGGUUACUGAGGUUGGUCAACCCCCUUACAACCACAUGAUUGAAGAAGAUUUACAUUGAAUUGUCAUCAGAUUUGUGUAAAUAAACUCGAAUUCAGCAGAGUAAUAUUAUAACUUUUAUGAAAUGAUAUAAUAUACUUUUUGUGGUCGCAAUGUCUGCAUAUGACAUGGUUAUGGUGAUUAUGAUUGUGGUGUUCAUAUAUUUAUAAUAUUCUUCUUCGAAUCUGGUUGAAUGCCAGCUUGACUGGUAUAUUUUAAAUCUUAGGAAUUCCUCUGUCGAGUUUGAAUUGACUUAUAAUAAUGAAGAGAGAUUAAUGAUAGAAGGAAGGAAGGUAGGAAGGACACAAAAUGAGCCAGUGAGUAAGAUGUCAUCUAACCUAGAGGUCUAAAAAGGCCAAAUUUGAGCAAUUCAUCUUGAAUGCAAUAUUACAGUUUGACAUUUUACGCAUGUCAAAGUAAGUGCUCAAUGUGUACUAUUGCUUGAUUAGAUGAAUUGCCCUGUGCUCCUUCUUCUCUUAAUACAAAGAGAAAGAGAGCGAGUCAAAGUGUAUUUUUUGAGUUUCGCUGCGCUUGACAUCAAUUUUUUAAUUUUGAUUUUAAAUAAAAUACUACUUAGGUAUCUUUUGCCAUAGAUGAAUAAGAGUGAGGAUAAAUGAAAGCGUAAAUAUAAUUAAAAAUAAAAUGUCUAAGAGAAUGGUGCGUAAAAAUUGUUAAAAUCUACGUAUUUAGGGUUUUACUACGAGGAAUAAUUAGUAUUUAUAUUACAGUUUAACUUUUGCUAGCCCUCAAAUACUGAGGGUACAUUCUCAAUUGAAGUUUAUCAAAGAAGAAUAAUAAAACGCAAAUGUUUGCGGCUAGUUGCAAAUUGUACGUUUUUAAUAAAGGGCGAUGAUUGGCGGUAUAAGUUAUUUCUAAUGUAACAAACAGUUUUCACAAGCGUCACGUCAAUAAAUAAAUUAAAUUAAUGUAAUCUUCGUCACGAAACCUACAAUUUCAUGAAAUCUGGCUAAAAUAGCUUUAACACGUUGAGUGAGACAUAAAAACUUCUUUUUGUGACAGCCUUGGCGACGCGAUUUGUUAUUUCUUGUGUGUUUGGGUGACACUAGAUA